AUGUCGAUGACAUUUUGUAUGAUUUUAAAUCUUUGUAUUUUAAAUUUAGUGCAAUAAUUUUCUGAAGAAACAUCACAGAUUCAAAAUUAUUAAAAUAAAAGCUGUUUUCCGAGCAACAGGUUUUUCUUAAGUGAUCGAUAUAAACGUGGUUCUUGCUUGAAAAUGGAAAAGAGCGAAGAUAACUACGCAGUGCAAAUAACUGACGUAGACAAAUUUUUUGGAUCAAAUAUUGUUUUGAGUAAGCUGUGUAUGAAAGUAAAACGGGGAAGAAUAUAUGGAUUAUUGGGAGCAAGUGGCUGUGGAAAAACUACAUUGCUAAAGGCAGUAGUUGGUACUUGUAAGAUAGAUAGCGGAGAAAUCAAUGUAUUAGGAAAAUUAAUCAGUGAAGGAAAUGAUGAAUUUCCAGUUUCAAAACUUGGUUACAUGCCACAGGAUAUCGCUUUAUGUGGAGAAUUCACUGUACAAGAUGCCAUAUUUUAUUUUGGACGUCUGUUCGGCAUGAAACACAAAGAUAUAUUGGAAAGAUAUGAUAAACUAUAUAAUCUAUUAGAGUUACCCCCACAUAACAGAUAUCUUCGAAAUUGUAGUGGGGGAGAACAAAGGCGGGUAUCCCUAGCAGCCACAUUGGUGCAUAAACCAGAUCUCCUCAUCUUGGAUGAACCGACUGUUGGAUUAGAUCCCUUAAUAAGAGAAAGAAUCUGGCAGCAUUUAUUGGAACUCACCAGGACUGAUAAUGUUACUGUUAUCAUCACAACUCAUUAUGUUGAUGAAUGCCGCGAUGUGGAUACGAUAGGUUUACUAAGGAAAGGCAAAUUAUUAACAGAAGAGUCUCCAAAAUAUUUGAUGGCGAAAUACGAAGCCGAAACGCUAGAAGAGGUGUUCUUAUUUCUAGCACGAGAGGAUAAACAACGAAGACGAUCCAGUUUACCAGGUCUAGAAAAAUUUAACAAAAUUAAACCUAAGACGAAAACCUCCCGCCACUGUAUAAAAAGUUUAUCUGUUGAUAGAAAAAGAUUUGGUGCUUUAUUAGAUAAAAAUUGGAAACAGUUUUAUCGAAAUAUUACGGGCAUCUUCUUCCUUUUGUCGUUUCCACUCCUGGAAAUCGGAGCAUUUUUAACGUCUGUUGGAAGAGAUGUAUCGAAUAUUCCUAUUGGUAUUGUUAACAACGAACUUAUGGACUGUGCAAAUUUUACGCCAAAUGGUACGACAGACCCAUUUGCAUUUUUUCAAUGUCAUUUCUAUAACAUGAGUUGUCGAUUUUUAACACAUCUUGAAGAUCCAAUGAUUAAUAAGAUAUUCUAUCCAAAUAUCGACGACGCUAUGUUAGGGGUAAAACAAGGUGAUAUAUUUGGAAUUAUUUAUAUGCCCAAGAAUUUUUCUGAAAAUUUUGAACUAAGAUUUGACACGAGAGAUCCUGAUGAUAUCGUUGUCGACUUUAGUCAGAUUAAAGUUUGGUUGGAUAUGUCAAAUUACCAGAUUGCUUUAUCGAUGAAACAGAAGCUAAUCGAAAAGUAUAAGGACUUUCAAGAGUCUGUCUUUACGGAAUGCAAAUUUGUGCUAAAACUUUAUGACCAACCACUUCGAAUGGACAACUUUUAUGUUGGAUCUAACAAAAACGAACCGUUUUUAGUAUUUAUGAUUCCCGGAAUUCUUAUAACAAUCCAGUUCUUCUUGGGAGCAGUGAUGACCUCUCAGACCAUAAUAACAGAUAGACACGAUGGCGUCUGGGACAGAUCUGUCGUUGCAGGAGUGACUUCCAUGGAGAUAUCCCUAAGCCAUCUUAUCUUACAAAGCAUCAUUGUUUUCUUCCAAACGGGCGAACUUAUGUUUUGUGCGUUUGUACUAUACCAGUUGGAAUAUGUUGGAAGUAUCUCUUUAAUGUUCCUAUUAGUUUUAUCGCAAGGCAUUUGUGGAAUGGCUUAUGGUUUUUUUAUUUCUGUCAUAAGCACAGAUCACACAAUGGCGAAUGUUGUGCUUACAGGAUUAUAUCUUCCAGUUAAUUUAUUAAGUGGUUGGAUGUGGCCUGUGGAAGGUAUGGUAUAUGGUUUAAGGAUCUUGGCAAGGAUAUUUCCACUUACCAUAGCCAUAGAAUCUUUGCGUAACGUUUUAAAAAAGGGAUGGACUAUUCAAUAUUUGGGAGUUAUAGACGGAUUUCUAAUAGGAGGAGCAUGGACUAUCUUCUUUGGCGCUGUUAGUGUCUAUAUACUUUCAAUUAAACGAUAAGAAACAUCAUCUUUGAUUUUUAUGUUAUAAAUAAAAAAAUAAAAUAGGUUAUAAAUAAAAA